AUGGAUUACUUUUUCAAUAUUCGCCUGGCCAAGUUAUUAACUGAAAGAGGUUUUUAUUUUCAUGUUAAUUUAUCAUCAACGCGAUAUCAUCUAUUCAAAACAUUUUCAUCUGUACUUCGAUUUAAUGAAAUUCAAUCACUUAUCAUUGAUUGCUAUUCAUCACCUCUUCAACUAAAAUGUUGGCCUUAUUUGCCACAUUUAAGAAUAUUAAAAGUAAAGGGUGUACGAGACUUUGCUGAUGUUUAUAAGUUCGUACGACAACAUGUCACUACAUUAAUUUAUUUGACAGUUGAAUCAAGUCGAUAUUUUGAAACAUGUGGUAUAGGUAAAAAAUUGUGUUAUCCAUCAUGGAAUUUAUGUGAAUUCAUCAAUAAAAUUCUGAAUUAUCCCUGUGCUCUUCGUUCACUUGAUUUAGGAAUGGAAUCUUCUUUUUUCUUACAUCAUUGGCCUUUUAAAACAAUACAAAUACCUUUACUUUAUUUGGCUAUUACAUUAGAUACAGCAGAUGUUUUAUUAAAUAUCAUGUCGACUGAACCAUUACAACAUACAUUAGAACAAUUACACAUUAAACUAGUUCAUAAGUCUUGUCUUCAAGACAAUCUGGAUGCUAUACAUCUUUUGUCUGAAAUGAAAGCUUUACAUACACUUACUUUUGUUAAACCAUUCAAUUGGCAUUCCAUUGGAGAAUGGGCAUUUAUUAAUUUAUUGACUUCUUCUAAUAUAAUGCCUGUUUUAAGACGAGUGAAUUUUUCUCUUGUUAUUGAUGUUAAUGAUCUUAUUCAAAUGCGUAAUUCAGCACUUUUUACAGACUCUCGUCAUAUUGAUGUUCAUUAUGCUUUUAUUGUUAUUGAUGAUCGUCUACAUGAAGAACUUGUUAAUUAUGUACCAUGCAGUAGUCAAUCAUAUUCUCGUCAAAUAGCUAGUGCAACAUUUAUUUCUGAUUGUUGGUCUGAUAAUCAACCAUUUACAACUCCGGGUAUAAAUUAUUCGAGAAAACCUAAAACUCGACAACAUCUAUUUUACAGUUUACCAUGGAUAUUUAAUGAAUUUUUCCAAUUAUCUGUUCCAGAUAGAUGUAUUAGUGAAUUAACAGUAUUUGCACCAUCUUUUCCAGUUAUGAAUUUUAAUUCUUCUCGUUUGAUUAAAUUGAAUAUGUCGGAUAAUCUUCCAUCAUCUAUUACGUUCCUUUCACAAAUAGUAUCUUCAAAUAAAAUACGUGAACUUCAUUUAUAUCGAUGUAAUAGACAAAUUUCGAUGAAUUUGCCGAAUGUUUCUCAUCUUAUUCUUGUCGAUAGUUUAGAUUGA